AUGUCCAGCAAAAAUUCGAACGAGGCACAUAUAAGACAGAAGCGCGCCAGGUCGCAACUCAGCUGUACAGCAUGCCGCCAGGGCAAACUGCGAUGCAACCGCGCGACGCCAUGCGACCAGUGUACGAAACGAAGCAAAGAGUCAGCAUGUUCUUAUUUACCUCCAGCCACCAAGCCAAGAGGCCCACAAGAUGUCAAAGGACGCAUCAAGCAUCUCGAACAACUCGUAGUUGACUUGAUGAAUUCGAGAUCAUCAAAUGGCAACAGUACGACGACCAGCAGUGGAAGAUCAGAUAGCACUGCUACCAGUACCAGAGAAUCUCCCGCCACCUCUCAGUCUGAAUCUUCGCAGCACAAUACUCAAGGCUUGUUCGGAGCAGAUACUGCUCACACUGAGAUAACUCCACCUUAUAGUGGGGAUGAACAACAACAGCAUGAGGCAUCACAACAACUAGAAUCGUUUGGACAUUUGCGGAUCAGUAAAGAGGGCACAAGGCACUUGGUAACACGACAGCUGUGGCGGCGCGCUGCUCUUUACACGAGAGACAUGCUAAUUGUUGACCUCCAAAUUAUANGCUAUGUUGGAUCGUCCCAUUGGGCGACAAUUCUGGACAGUAUCUCUGAAUUAAAGCGAGACCUAGAAGAUCCGGGAGAUGAGGCUUCUGACGAAGAGUACGAUGCAUGGCGCAACGAAGAACCGCUGAAUGUCUACGAUGAAGAGUUACCGGGACUUUUGCGCUCCCCUCGUCGAGUCACAAAAGCCGAGUUACUAUCGUACAUACCACCUAAGACUGAAGCAGAUGCACUGGUCUCUCUUUGGUUCAGGUCACCACAUCCGUACAAGACAAUCAUUCACGCACCUCAGUUCCAGAACGAAUACCGGCAGUUCUGGCGAUCACCGACCAGUGCACCGGUCACAUGGCUGGGCGUAUUGUAUGGAAUGUUCGGCAUGGCGAGCCUGUUUAAGAUACGUGCUCUAAGGAACCCUGACACACCGGACGUCCGGGCUACUCUCAACAAAGCAGACCUUUACCAGGAGUUGGCGGCGUCGGCAGCUGUACUGGGCAACUACAUGCGACCGAAGACUUAUACGAUCGAAUGUCUGAUACUCCAUGCUGGAAGCAACAGGACGAACAACUUCAAUGAUAUCUGGCUUAUCAUGGGUAUUGUCUUCAGGUUGGCUCUUCGCAUGGGUUAUCAUCGGGAUCCGAGUCACUACAGUAAUGUGUCAGUAAUCGCUGGGGAGAUGCGACGAAGAGUUUGGCAUUUGCUGUACAUGUUCGAUACCCUUGUAUCGUUCCAGCUCGGUCUACCUGCUAUGUUCCGUGCAGUGCAGAGUGACACCCAACCCCCGCGCAAUCUUUAUGAUCAGGACUUCUCCAUAAACAGCAAGACUUUACCACCCUCACGGCCUGCUGACCAACUUACUCCUUCGGCUUAUGGCUCUGCAAAAACCAUGCUGUGUCAUGUAUUUGCUUUGGCAGCAGACAUGUCGCAUGCAACGAUACCACCCUCUUACACUGAAGUUAUGGAGCUAGACGCAGAGCUGGAGGCAAAGAGAGCGGCCAUUCCGCCGGGACUACGGUUCAAAGACAUGGAGCUGUGUCUUACAGAAGAUCCGGAGUCAUUGAUGUAUCGCUUCAGUCUUGAUCUACUCUAUCUCAAGAUCAAGACAGUCCUCCAUCGUCGAUUCAUGGUGGCCACUUCGUCCCAAGCUGCAGCAACUUAUUCGCGAGUAUCUGUUAUUGGCUCGGCGAUGAAGACCCUUGACCAUCACCAGACGAUAUAUCGGGCAUCCAGUCCUGGAGGACAACUCGAAAGUGUUUCUUGGUAUAUGUGCUCCAUCGGAACGUACGACUUCUUGUUGGCAAGUAUGAUCAUAUGCCUUGAGCUAUCACGUCAGCUCAACAAACAACCUGAUCCUGAAAUCGAUGAAAUUGCCACACGCGAAGAUAUGAUAGCAGCACUCGAAGCGUCGAAACGAGUUUGGGAGGAAGCGGGCGAUGAUGACUGUUUCUCCGAGCCUGCAUUUGGGACGGGCAGAGCAGGCCAGACCAUUGAGAAUGCGGCUGUGGCAGAGGUUAGAAAAGCGUGCAAAGCGAUGGCACUCAUGCUGGAUAAGGUCAGAAAGGACCAGGCUAGAGAUGUCGUAUCUCCAACACUACAAGGAGCAGGUUGGCCACAUAUGUCGAUGCCUGAGGGGCCGACGAAAACGCUUGCUGAUCUGCCCAUCCACAACGACUGGAUAGCAACAGAGCAAUGGACUGCUCAGAACGACCUCUCAACCUUAGACAACAUGAUAGACGUGUCCAAUGACAUUGACUGGGUAAGUGAGAUAAGCCAGACAUUCAACAGCAUAUGCGACUGA